CCUGCGCAUUUCCGUGCUUGUGUUGUCAUUGUAUUGUUAAGGAGCUAUGUCUUGUUUUAAGUGAUUCUGGACCAGUUUCACGUGUGAUGCUUCCCGUAUCUAUAACACUAGUUAGCUGUGUUGUCCCCAGAGCCGCUGUCCCUGGCAUAAUAUCCCAUCAUAGCUACCGCCGGUUCACAAGUUGGAGUCGCACGAGGGUUAGUGUACCCUAUUUUCGAUGGUCUAACACACACUGUCAAGACAGAUUAAUGGACAGCUCUCGUCGUUUGUCAAGUGGUGAACCGUGCGGAGAUAAUACUGAACAUAUAGAUGAAGAAUAUCCACGGAUUAUGGAACGACUGCAACAAGUUAAUUCGCAAAAUCUCACCGAGGCAGAAAGAGCGAUACACGAACGACACGUAGUUGCCAUGGAGACAAAGAACGAUUUCUAUAUCGACCCAGCAACCGGUUAUCAAGUGAUGACCAGUCUCGCUCACCUGAAGAGGGGGUCCUGCUGCGGGAAUGAAUGUCGACAUUGCCCUUACAGCCAUACAAAUGUCCCAGAUGCCAAGAAGACGAAGAUAUUCAACGGGUCUUUCUACGUAUGAGUUGAACUUGUUGCUGUGUAUAGUCGCCCUAUUUGUGUGUGCCUUCAGAGCGUACAAGAACAUUGCCAUAUGUAACUGAGGAAUCAAAAAGAGUCCACGAAUCCGUCACUAAGGAGGAAUAUUACGAAUGUAAUAACAAACAGAAUAUAUACUGAGGGAAACAAAUAAGGAUCACAGGAAAAUGCAUGCGUUCCUUUAAUAUUUUCCAGGUUUCAUCACCAACUUUGAAUAGCAAUGUAGCGAUGAAAACUGGAAAAUAACAAAGGAACACUUGCAUUUUCCUGUGAUCCUUUAUUUAUUUCUCUCAGUAUAUGACAAAUGUGUGUGUGCGUGCGUGCGUUUGUGUCUGUGUCUGACUGGCCGCUUGUACGUGAAUGAACUAAAAGACAUUGUUUUGCCAGAUAAAUUAGGCACCCUACCAGAUUCCAGUGUAUGUGCGUGCGUGCGUGCGUGCGUGCGUCUAAAGAUCAUUCAACAAGGUUAAUUGACGAGUAUAAGGUUAUAUCUUCUUCAAGUAAAGAAUGUAUGUGGGCCAAAUACAUCCAGUCCCUUUUGUAGAAGACGAGCAGGCAAGUGAAAGGAAGUUAAUUAAUUAUUGUCAUGUAAUAGUCAUCGCGCCUGACCACCCGAUCCCGUUAGUCGCCUUUUACGACGAGCGUGGAUUACUGAAGAUCAAUUGUAACCCGAAUUCUCACGGGUCCCAGACGUAAAUACUGGCCGUUGUUAUAGGUUAAAGAUACUUCCUGGUUAAAGAUACUUCCUGGUCCGGUAGCCGUUUGCUUGAUCUGUCUGUAUGUACUUCUUAUUUCCUGAAUACAAAAGAAAACAGAAUAAAUAA